UCUAAAACCAGUAUGAUGGCAACACAUUGACAGGAAGUCACAGCAUGGUGAUGCAGAUAUGUUGGUGAACAAUGAACUGUGUAUUCAAGGCAGUUCUAGAAGGAAGUCACAAGCACGUCAUAUUUCAAUCUGAUAUAAAACAGGUUGCAGAAUGUCCGUGUCACCGUAUGGCAGUUGGAAGUCGCCAAUAAGCAGCCAGCUGGUCACUGCUAGUGGUGUCAAUCUGCAGGAACUGAGAAUUGAUUUCAAGUCGCAAAAUUCAAAUGUAGUGUACUGGACUGAGGCCCGUCCAGAAGAGAAGGGGCGAUCGGUCAUCUGUUCUGUUGACAAGACCUCCGGGAAGGUACAGUCAUGGACACCAGAGGGGUUUAAUGUUCGCAGCACGGUUCAUGAGUAUGGUGGUGGCACUUACUUUGUCAAUGAUGGAGCUGUGUACUUCUCCAACUUGGCUGACCAGCAGCUGUACAUUCAGAGGGGUCCUAGCGAGGCGCCGGAGGCAAUCGUUGAUACAGCCCGGAAAUGGCGGUAUGCAGAUGGGACAUAUUCUGAGCAGAAAUCCCGGAUCUUCAGCAUCCGAGAAGAUCACGAGGCUGUAGAGGAGAAGAAAGCAAAGGAGCCCACCAACACCAUUGUGUCCAUCAACCCUGCAACAAAGACACAAAGUGUCCUGGUGAGCGGAAGUGACUUCUACAGCUGUCCUCAGGCGUCCCCAGAUGGGAAGAAACUCUGCUGGAUGGAGUGGUGUCAUCCCAACAUGCCCUGGGACAGUACUGAAGUGUGGAUAGCUGACCUGUCCGAUGAUGGAGACUCCAUUGUGGAGGGGUCCAAGAAAAAGAUUGCUGGUGAGACUGACCUCAGCGCAAUCACCCCAGGCUGGACCCCUGACAAUGAGCUGUUGUACAUCGGAGACCAGACUGAUUGGUGGAACCUGUACCAUGUGACCUCAUCAGGUGACCAGGUGAAUGUUCUGCCACGGGAUGUGGAGUUGGGCGAGCCACACUGGAUGUUCUGUACACGAGCCAGAACCUACUGUUGUGACCCGAGUGGAAGUGGCAAAGUUGUGACAACAUAUGGAGGGGAGCUGGGCAUCCUGGAUCUGAAGACCAAGGCCUAUGAGAAAAUAACUACAGAGUUUGAGUCCCACAAGUACGUGGGUCUGACCACCAGCGGUGACCUCUACUGCAUCGCCUCCAGCCCCACUCGCUUCCCCAGCGUUAUUCGGGUGAACGUUGCCAGUAAACAGGUUGAUGUUCUCCAUGAAUCCCGCAAAAUAUCCAUUGACAAAGAGUACUUCAGCAUUCCUGAGACACUCACAUGGCCAACUGCUAAUGGUGAAGUCUCCCAUGGUUACUUCUAUCCCCCCAAAUCCAAAGACUUUGUAGCCCCAGAAGGUACCCUGCCUCCACUACUGGUAAAGGCACAUGGUGGACCAACAUCUAAGUACUCGAGCACCCUCAAUAUUCAAAUACAGUACUUCACAAAGGGGUUUGCAGUGCUGACAGUCGACUAUCGAGGAAGUACAGGCUUUGGGAAGAAGUACAGGCACAGACUCCGUGGAAAUUGGGGUAUCUGUGACGUGGAGGACUGCUGCAGUGGUGCCCUCUACUUGGCUGAGAAGAAGCGUGUGGACGGAAAACGUCUCUGUAUAGAUGGAGGGUCAGCAGGGGGCUACACAACACUUGCUUGUCUCACUUUUAGGAAAGAAGUUUUCCAUGCAGGUGCAAGUCACUAUGGUGUGGCAGAUUGCUUGGCACUGGCACAAGAGACACAUAAAUUUGAGAGUCGCUACACUGACACAUUAUUGCCGUUGACCGAGUCUGGCAUCAAACUCCUGAAGGAACGGUCCCCAAUAAACUAUGUGGAGAAUCUAAGCUGUCCCUGUGCCUUCUUCCAGGGAGACGAGGACAAGAUUGUGCUUCCCAAUCAGGCUGUCAUGAUGUAUGAAGCAGUGAAGGAGAAGAAGCUACCCACAGUUCUUGUAAUGUUUGAAGGUGAACAACAUGGCUUCAGAAAGUCUGAGAACAUUCAGAAAGCUUUGGAUGGGGAAUUUUACUUCUUUGGAAAGGUGUUCGGCUUCAAGCCCGCUGAUGAUCACUGCAAGUUGGAGAUUGACAAUUUGAGUUAGAGGAUGUCCCUGCCGACAGGAUGGUAGAUGAAGUGCUGUUCACUUUCUCAUCUCUGUGAACUUGGAACAUCUUACUGGAGGGACUAACUCCACCAAUAUGUGCCUUUGGCAGAGAAUCUUGGUCAUGACAGAUAGUCAGGAUCUUAUCAUAUUGCUCAAGUAAAUAAUGAUGUGUAA